AUGGCGGAACCGCCUCGGGGCUCGUUCGCCGAGCUGGUCGCCCUGGCGCAACGGGCGGGCCACAUCGACGCCUUGGCAGCCGCGGGCGUCCUGCUGGCCGCCCCGCCGCCGCCAGCCGUGGUCACCGACUUGGCCCUGGUGUCGUCGGCCCAGGAUCCGGGAAGGCCGGACGUCCCUCGCCGGAGAGUGCCCUUGCGGGCGAACCUUCGGGCGGCCCUGGAUGCCCUGCUGCCGGCGAACCGCAAGCGGUCCGUCGAGGAGCUUCGCGACGGCUACCUGGCAGAAACCUCGAAAGGGCCCUACGCGUCCCGGCUCAAAACGUGGAUGGCCCUGUCCUACCAGGGCAAGGUCGAUCCUUGGCCGGUGUCCGCCGACACCAUUGAGGCCCUGGGGGCGGCCUUCAAGAAGGGGGGCUACCGCAGUGCCAAGGAGUACUUCUUGGCCGCCUUCCGCCACCAGGAGCACGACCUUGGGCUGGAGGUCUCGCCCGUCCUACGCCGCUUGGCCAAGAGGGCGGUGAAGUCCAUCGUGCGCGGCCUCCCUGGGACUCGUCUCAAGGAGGCCUUCCCCCUCGCCGACCUGGGCGCCCUCGUGACCUAUCGGUGCGACCUCGCCUUCGACCCGGCCGCCGUCCCCCACGCCACCGACGUCCUGGUCUUGGCCACGUGGUUUAUGCUCCGGGAGAUCGAAAUCGCCGGGGCACUCGUCGGCGAUGUGGUGCUCACCAAGCACGUGGUGACGCUGGAGCUACCGCUCCACAAAACCGCCCAGGGCGGCGAGCGGGUCAUGACUCGGCGCUCGUUGCGCUGCGCCUGCGGCUUGGCCACGCACCCCCUGUGUCCGGUCCACGCCAUGUUCCGACACUUCGCGCGCCUCCAGAAGGCUGGGCGCCUUCGCUCGUCGGCGCCUCUCUUCCCGGGCGCCUCGGGAGGCACCAGGUCCAAGCCGGAGUCCCUCUCCUUCCUCGCCUUGGUGUUGGGGGCGGCCGGCCUCGAGGUUGCUGGAAGGACCCCCGGUCUUCGGCGGCCACGCUGCGCCGUUGACAUUGGCGCCUUCCGCCCCGUCGUGGGCGCUUUCUUCCCAGUAGUAGCGGCGGCACUGCCGGGGCAGGGGGCCCCCGGUCAGGCCGACCUUCCCGCUCUGGCCGACGCCCAGCAGGCGGCAGACGGCACGGACACGGCGGACCCCGCGGCAGGGGAGCCAGCCCAGCAGGCGGCCUUGCCCGCCAUCCAGUUCGUCCCCGCCCUUGCGCCGGGGGCGGCGGUCCCGGAUGCCGACCGGGAAGACGCCCACCUGCUUUGCUUGGAGAAGACGAAGAGGGUCCAUCGGCCCGACCCCACGGAGCAGAACUCCGACAGGGCUACGUGGAGGGCCCGUGACCCAGGGGUUCAGCACGUCGACUCGGACUCCUCCUCGGAGGCGGUGGGCGAGCUCUCGUCCUCUGCGGGCGGCUCCACCUCCGCGCUCUCUGGCAUGUGCGACCGCCUGGUUGACUUGAGCUGCUCAAUCGCCGUCGCCCCCUGCCGCCACUCGCUAGGUCGUCACGCCAUGGCGGUCCCUCCUUUGCUGCUGGCCCAGCCCGCCCAGGUGCACGCGUUCUUCGUCGACGCCAACGCCUUCGCGGGCGAUAUCUCCAACGCCGACUGGGGACACGGGCGCACAGCUUGGGAGCACUUGCUCGCCGUGGCUCGCCCAUCCCGGACCCUCCGGUGGUAUCUACGCGCCCGCCGGAUCACGGGCGUGCCUGAACUCGGCUGUUCCGCCCCUACUCUGGGCGUGUGGAGGCGUGAGUUCGUCGACCCCUACCUGGAGGGCUGGCGCCGCCCUCACUCGGCGGACGUCAUCCGGUGCUCGCCGACCGACGUGCCGGGCGACACCCAGGCUUUGCAUCUGAUGUUCCGCCUGGCUCGUCGCCACGCCGACUGGCUGCAAGAAGAUACCGCCCGCCGGGCGGGUUCCAUCGACGACCGGUUCGGCAUGGACCCGCCGCUGGUGAUCUUCUGCCCGGCCUGGGCGCCGCGCCCGGCGGACACGGGCGACUCGGAUGAGGCGCCUGAGGACGGGCCUCCGGACUAUUUGGGCCCGCGUCCGGGCGACCUUGAGGGCCUUGACCCGCGCUUGGUCCGCCCAUGGACCUUGGCGCCACGGCAGCCCCAGCCCCUCGUCCCUUCGGGGCGAUCCGCCCCUGGCACCUGGGCGCGACAGCCGUGGUACUUGGUGCGGAUGGGGCCUUGGCAUCGACAGGUGCACCGCCUCGACGUCCCCGGCCGUCGCCCGAGGGCCGCACCAUUGAGCCGGAGAGGGCGGCUGUCCUUGUUUGGGCCCCGCCUCGGGCAGAGCCCGGAGGGAAUCGGUACCUCUGGUGCCGCCUAUGCUGGGGCGAUGGCGUCCCGCUCUCAAGGAGCGAUUGUGAGCAGCACCCGGACGAAGAGUCCGAGCUCGAGUGACCCCGCCAAGGAUUGGCGGUCGCCCACGUCGGGCGUUGAAAAGUCGGGACCGGACCGCAGUGCACUCUUCUAUGGAUCGUCUACUCCUGCUUGUGAUUCCCCCACCCCCCUAGCCUCCUUUGCUGCCUCAAGACCGCUGCCCCCCGCCUCGCCAAUCAUGGCGUCACCUACGGCGUCUUCGGCUUUGGUUGACUUCGGCCAGCUCGCCACCGAGGCGGGGGCGGGCGACUUCCUCCGCCGCUACUUGGCGGCCCGUGGUGCAGAUCGGACGGCCACCUUGGCACUUAUGGCGCCCACGGCGGAGCGCUUCGCCGAGAUCAUCAUCGACCCGCUUGGGCCCGGCUUCGUCGCGACCGGGGGGGAUGAGCUGACCCCGGCAGAGCUGCCCACCGCCAGGGCAGUCCUCACCCACAUGUGGGAAGAGGCCAGGGCACAGUGGAACGCCUGGGCUGCGGCUCGCGCGGCCGCGCUUGCACCGACUGCCGCCCCGGGCCCGUCGGCUCCGGCUUCCGCGGCGGGCGGCCCGCUCCCGUUCCCGCCGACGGCGCCGGCUGGGCCGCCUAAGCACUUCGCCGAGUGGGGCACCCUGGUUAAGGCCUACAACGACCGCCUCGUGGACGGGCGACCGAGGGCCUUUCCUACCCGCCGCCUGGCUGGGGCGCAGGAGGUGCUCGCCAGGAUCCACUGGGAGCACACCGUCAGCUUUGCAUACUCGCCGUUGGGGUUGGGCGAGAUCCUAUCUCAGAGGACGUGGACCGCCGCCAACGAGCUGAACCCCCUCGCCGCCGGGCGCUGCGAUUCGGCUGCUUCCGCUGCCCUCCACCUCGUGGGCGGCAGCCUGGUGGCUGAAGAGAAACGCCCGUGGCAGCCCAAGUCCGUCAUCGCCAUUUGCGACGGGCUAGAGGCCAUCAAGUGGGCCUGGAUACUCGUCCAACUGGGCGCCGAAGAGGACAUUGAGUCUUAUAUCGCCUGGUGGGAUUGCCGGGCGAGAGGCAGAAAUGCUAACUUGCUCGCCCUGGUGUCCUAUUGGGACUCCAUGGCGAUGCGCCUCGCCAUGGAUCUCCGCCAAAGGAGGACUUUCAAAGACGCCACCGCCGACAUCAUGGCGGACGUCUCCUCCUAUGUCGAGGCCGUGACCGCCGCGCCGCCCCGCCCCGAUGGGCGAACCAAGGGCAGGCCGCAGCCUACCCAGACUAGCCCUGAUGCCGACGACUCUUGGGUGGAGCCGCCCCCCAAGCGCCCCCGCCCGGGCCGCAAGGGCAAGAAGGGGGCCAAGGGCGGCAAGAAAGGCGCCAAGGGCGGCCGCCAGCAGGAGCACAAGGGCGGCAAAGGGGCCAAGCAGGGGCAAUGGUCCACAGCUGACGCCUGGCAGGAGACGCCCUCCGGCCACUCGGGCUCGGACGGCUGGGCAUCCCAUUCGUGGUCCGCCUCGUCCUGGGAGCAGCCCGACUCGACGAAGGGCCAACAGCAGCAGUCUUGGCGUUGGGCCGCCCCCCAGGGCGGAAAGAAAUGGACGCCGGGGGGGUCGACUAUACAGUGGCUUCUGGACCAUUGGUGCGCCCACGGAUGGGACUUCGCCCCGCCUCCUCGGCCCGAUCCUCCCUUUCUGGGCGACGGCCUAUCGGAGGAGGAGCACUGGGCGGCGGGCGUGCUCCAAUUCCGCGCCCACUGGCGCCACGACAUGGUGCGCAUUCGCCGUCUGGUGGUCCAGGAGUUGGAGGUCAUGGUGCACGACGCCCAGGAAUCCACGGCAUCCUGGCUCGCGGGCCCCGUCCUCCUGGAUCUACUCCAGAGGGCGAACUACCCUGCGGUCCAAGACCUGAGGGCCGACCUCGAGGACGGCUUCGACAUGCUGGGUGAGGUCCGUCGGGCGCCUGGCUGGAAGAGCAGGGAGGACGGGCGGACUCGGAGCACCCGGGCCCUCAGGGAUGAGCUCGUCAAGGAGGCUCGGCUGGGGCGCGUCAUGGGCCCGUGUCGAGCGCCGGAUGGAUGGGGCGUUACCAUGGCGUCCUUGCCGGAGGUGGCCGGCAAAGAUGGUGCCUUGAUCAUCACGGCUAAGCGAGAACGCCAGGCAUGGGAGAAGCCACAGGGCCCCCAGUGCCAAGUCGUGAACUGGGACUCCAACGAGCAGCCUUUGGACAACAUGUCGUGUGCUGUUUGUGCUCCUCCAUAUUUUCAGUACUACAACCCUUGCGACUUGGUGCGGAAUGAUGACUCUGGGGGUCCGGCAUGCGACUGUUCGGAAUCAGCAGAGUUCACUUCUGCGUCUCUCAUGACUCGCGGCAAGAAGGAGUUUUCCUAUGGCCUUUUCGAGCUGCGCGCAAAAAUCGACACCAGACCAGGCGCCUGGUCCAGCUGGUGGGCAGUCGGUGAUUUCGAUUACGUACCCUGGCCCAAGAACGGGGAAAUCGACAUCAUGGACGCUUUCCAGAGGAUGGUAAAAGCGAGUGUGAUCCACGCUGGUGAAUCCGGGCUUCCCAGCAGUGCCAUCCAGCAUGCAGGUGCCCGAAUGAUUGAUCGCGAGUGGGAGAAGUACUACCAUACCUGGCAGCUGGAAUGGGACGAAGACUUUAUAGAGAUCCGUAUAGAUGGCGAGGUCAUUCUGAAGCUUGACCUCUCCGUGGCGGAUUCGAAGCGAACUUCUUGGCCCAAUCCGUUCACAGAGGGUAAGAAGUUCUUCAUGAUCCUGAACUUAGCAGUUGGUGGUCAUUCAGGAGGAGAUGCUUCCUUGACACAGUUCCCUUCACAGCUUCAUGUUGACUACAUCCGUGUGUACCAGAAGAAAGGCACGACAGCGAGUUAG